AUGGGCUCCCUGGUGAAGCAGGAAACCACAGCAACUACAAAUGGAGAGCCCCUCAGAAGUUCCCCACAGUGGGGGCAGCCCCUGAAGGGGCUCCUGAUCACAGCUGCUGUCCUCAGCUCCUGGAUUCAGUCAGUGUCUACCCAGUCUCCAGAAAUGAAAGUGGAGCCCAGCCCACCCUACGGGACAGUGGGGAGAAGCAUCACCUUGUCCAUCUUGGGGCUCUCAAAGCAACCUCAAAGAUACACCUGGUUUAGAAAGACAACAGAUGACCGCAACAGGAUUAUGACCUAUGAUGUUCUGACGAGACAGCAGACACCAGCAAAUGGUCGGGAGAUGGUGCACCCCAAUGGCUCUCUGUUCAUCCCCAACCUAACCCUUGAAGAUGAUGGAAAAUACAUAGUGGAAAUUUUUGCUCUAGCUGACGGCCCUCAGAAAUAUAGCUUAUCCUUCUCCUCGGCAUAUUUGCAUGUAUAUGCAGAUUCCAGUUCCAGAGGAGGAGUCAUUGCUGGCAUUGUGAUGGGAGUCCUGGCUGGAGUAGCUCUCAUUGGGGUCCUCAUCUAUUUCCUGUUCAUCAGAAAGACUGGAGGAGACCUUUACCACGGCCUGGGCUCUUCCUCUACUUCCCCUGAAAUCUCAACUGAGAGUCCCUAUCAGAUGUUGGACACAACUAGAGUGGACGUUUAUGAAAAGAUCACUCCCUUGAAGAAGCCUCAAGCAUAA